AAAAAAUGUAAUAAACAAAAUAUAUAGUUGAUAUCCAACUCAAAAAAAAAACGGUAUUAGUUUAGAAAAACAUUUAAAAAUUUGUUACAAAUUAUUAUUUUGAGAUUUUUCCAAAUUCCGAUGCAAAACAACUAAGGCAUCAGAAAAUAAAUAUUAACAGAAGAAAAAAGGAUUAGGAAAAUGGAUAUUUCUGCAUUUAUCUCUCCACUACAGGCAGUUCAUGUUCUUUCCAUAUUUAAUUAUCUAAACACUCUCAGCGAUGUUCUUUAUGCGGAAAAUUUUUUGAAUGAUCACGAUCAACACAAACCAAUUCCAGUUAUCAAUGCCAUGUAUCAUUAUAUUCUAAAAGAAAACAAUUCUGGACAAAUUGAUAUUCAUUACCGAAAGUGUCACUUGACAAGACAACUAAUAAACGGAACUGAUUUGUACGGGGCAAAAGAACACGAAAUACCCGAUCCUUAUUACAUCGACAUGCUGUUCAAUCACAUUGUUAAUAAUCUGGUUUUUGAUAGAUUCACCAAUGUUUUUGGAUUUAUUGCCGAAGUUGCCAGAAAUACAGAAAGCGAUUCGUUACUUCAAUUGUUGAAUAAUUUAAAAGAAACACUAGCUUCAUUAAAAUACGAAAACGAAUACGGUGAUGAUUCACAACUUGAUCCUAAUGUUGUUGAUCAAAUUUUCAUCGAAUUAAUCGAACCACUAUUUCCGCGUCCUAAAAAUUUAUCACUACAAUUCACAUCCAUUGAUUAUAUUUACGCACAAGCUGGAAAAAUGUUUCUAAAACUCGAUCAUAGCGACACGAUAGUUGAUCCGGUAUUAAUUCAAGUUAAUUUGACAAAAGACAUUGAGAAACAAUAUCAAGAAUUCAUUGAAAUUGCCCACUUUGUUGAACAAUUGAUACUAUCAGAAAAAGUCGAUAAAACAGCUUUGAAAAUUUUUGCCCUACCUGCAUUUAUUAAUUAUGUUUAUAAAGAAAAAGAAAAUUUACAAUCAACAAAAACUGUUGCCAUUUUGAGUAGUCCUAAUCAUUGGAAACAGGCGUUUAAACUUCUUUUUACCUAUGUGAAUGAUGCAUUUUUAUCAAUGACUACAAAACAGGAAAAGGAUUAUAGAUAUCAAUUUUAUUUAGCACUAUCAAACUACAAGAAUCGUAGCACAUUAGCAAGGGAGAUAAUCGAAAUGAAUUGUGUCUUACUAGAAACAAAAAUAGAACAAGAAAUAAUCGACUAUGAAAAUAAUCCAGAAGAUUACAAAUGUUCCAUUUCUGAACAGCUUCUACCUGAUCUUAACAGUGUUUAUCAUGAUUUAAUUAACAAUAUUACGAAAAAAUACAAUAUUUAUGAACGGGAAUCAAUAAAAUCGGUUUUUGGUGAUAAUUUCAUAAAACAAAUGGACAAUACAAGUGUUGUUAUAACCAAAGGAUUCAUCAGUUACAUUUAUUUUGGAUUUUUAUCCAUUACAGCAAAUUCCGUGCAAUUAGUAAACGCAUCUCAUGAUUUAUUACAGUUCUACUAUCCAAAAGCAGAAAAAUACGAAUACUAUGCACUAAUUCGUAAAGGUUACCACGUUUCCCUAAUAAGAGAAACCGAUAAUCCAAAAUUAUUCCGCAAAUCUCUGGGUUUAGACGAAGACCAAACCCUACAUGAUCGAAAUUUUCCAAUUGUAAUGAAAUCAAAGGAGGAAAAAUUUGAUCAACUUCUAGUAACAAUUUCCCAAGAACGUUCAGAAUCAUUUAAAAAAUCAAUGGAAUCAAUGGGAUACGAUGAAACAAAAAAAGAAUGGUGGACAAAUUUUGCCCUAUCACUCAUUCCAUUUUACACAUGCAUUAAAGAUAUUAAGGAAAAAAAUAUCGACGAAGCAAAAUUUGUAUGUCCACUUGAUGCAUUAUUUUUUAUUCCAGUUGCUGAGGAAAUUGGACUAUUUGUUAAAGAAGCUGUUGUAAUUGCUGAAAAAGCAGUAGUAUCAUUAACAGAAACAACCAUACGAACAGUAAUGUUACGAUCAUCAUUGCGUACAAUGUUGCAAAUCACCGAAAAAUCUCUAAUCGAAGAAUUUGAUCGUUUCGCAGAAUUAUUCCCGAGAAAAUUAUUCAAUUUAGGAAUUAGCAUAAUUCGUUUCUUCGAUCCUGGAUUUGAACUUGCGUUCACAAUUGGAAAAAGUGGAUUAAGUUCUAUUAAAUCGUUACUAAUACAAGCGGAAAGAAAAUUUUCCCUUGCAUCUCAAAUAGUUAAAUCAAGAUUAACAAGAGCAGAAUAUACUAUAAAUCAUUUCGCUACAAAACUAAUGCAAAAAUUCCAAAAAGACGUAUACCUAACUUCUAUUUUUAGCCCAGACGUUGGUUAUGGUUACAAAUAUAUUCCGCUGAAAAAUAAAAUCGCCGAAAUUAGAACCAUAUAUCCAUUUAAAAAGGAAUUGCCUCUAAUUUCUAAUUUUCAAUCAGAUUCCGAAUUGAAAAUAUACAAUAAAGUUAAUUUUGAAUCAGAAACAAUAGGCGAUGAAUAUUUUAUCGAAGAAGAAGGUAUCGUAACUGAGGAAAAAUAUUUCGAGAUAAACAUCUUUAAUGAUGAAACUGAUGCAAUAGUUGAAGGUGGUAAAGUUACAGCAAAAUUGCUGCAAACUUUUAAAUCAAGGGAAAUUCUCCAAAAAGCUGUUGAUUUUGCCCUACAGGAGGGUAAACUACCAGAAAUGGAAAUUCGUAACGAAUUGAAAAAAUAUAUAUUCCCAGAGGCGGAAAAAAUGGAAAUGAAUUUUGUUCGCGAUUGGAUGAAUCAUCCGGAACUAAAACCACCUAAUUGGGCCGAAAAAUAUAAACUCGACGAUCCAGAUCUUUUUUUUCAAUUAAAAUACAAAGAAACAAUGGAUACACCACAAUUAGGGAUUGACGAUGCAAUGGUAAAAAUUAAUACUCUCUAUUCACAAAAGGAUAUCAUCCAAGAAUUACCGAUUGAGGAUUUACUGAACGAUUUUAAAGAAACAAAUGCCUAUAAUUCGGCAAGAUUUGAAGAUUACUAUGCACUAAGAUGGUACGGUGGUAGUGGAUACAAAAAAAUGUCAGGCACCACACACGAAGCAAGACGAAUGAAAAAUGCUAUUUACAAAUUAGCAAUUAGACAAUCGGAGAAUCCUGAUGAAGAAUUUGCUGUAAAAUUAUUCCGUGGUGAAGGUAGAAUUCCAGAAGCAAUUGAGAGGGAAAUAUUGAAUUUGAAUGGAAAUUUUGAAUUCACGCGUUUUACAUCAACGUCAACUGAUGUUAAUACAGCGAUUACAUAUUCUUUAAAGGGACAUCCAUCGGAUACAAGAGUUAUGUACGAAAUGACAUUUAGAAAUCCAAUUGUCAGAGCAAGGGUCGAGGAUCUUUUUCUCCUUACCGAAAAGGAGACUAUUCUACUACCGGGUACUAAAUUUCGUAUUGAUAAAAUUGAAAGAUACAUUGAUGAAUUAGAAUCGGGUGUUGAGCAAAAUUGUAUAAAAAUUGAAAUGACGCAUAUUGACGAACCAAAGGAAUUAAGACAGAAGGAGAUUAUGCAUGAAAUUAAUAAAUUACAGAAUUCUGAUACUGUUUUCUAUCCGGAGGAUCUAUAAUAUGGGACAUUAUUCCUACUCUCGGUCAUUUAGACCCUAUAUUUCGUUUCCAGUUACUUUUUUAUUCCAUUUUAGAUUCUAUUUACUUUUCUCCUACUUUUUCUUCUAUUUUUCACCUCCAUCAAAUUGACUUCGAAGCUCAGCGCCAAAAAUUAUUUUUCACAGUACUAAAAAAUGGCAAAUUUUUUUUUUUUUUAGUUUUUCAAUUCAAAUAAUACCAUGAAAAAUAUAACUUUUCCAAGGUAUUAGCGAAAACUAUUUUAAAAAAUAAUUUAAUAUUUUUUUGAUACGUGAAAAAUAAUUUUCGACGCUGAGCUCUCGUCGACGCCAAUUUUGUGAAGGUUAUUUUUCACGCUCUUUAAUUUCAUUUAAAAAAUUCAUCUUACUCCAGCAUCCACUCCCCAUUUCUCAUAUACCUCAAAAAUAAUUAUAAUAAAAAAAAAUUAUAAUUUAAGUUCCGUUAGUCCCACACUCGGUCAUUUAGACCAAGGACUUUUUUUACGGCAUUUUAUGUACAAUUGUUUUAUAAUAAAACAAAAAUACAAAUAA